AUGCCCUUUGAGCACAGCCCCGCCUCUGCGGAGUUUGUCCUGCACUUUGACACGCGGGCGCUGACGGGCCCGGCCCUCCUCCCGCUUGGGCCGCUGGGUCUGGACGGGAAGCCUGGACUGCCGGGCCCCAAGGGGGAAAAGGGUGCACCAGGAGACUCCGGCCCCCCGGGAGCCCAGGGGCACGAUGGAGCUGCGGGGCCUCCAGGACCCCCUGGGGCACAGGGUCCACCUGGAGGCCCCGGGAAGGAUGGACCCCGGGGGGCACAGGGCCCCACGGGCCCAGAGGGACCCCCGGGGCCCCGGGGAGAUGACGGGUCCCCAAGCCAGCCUGGGCCUCCUGGACCCCCAGGGCCCAAGGGCGAGCCGGGCCAGCGAGGGGCCGACGGGGCCGUGGGACCGCGGGGCUUCCCGGGCCUGAAGGGCGAGCAGGGGGACACGGUGGUGAUCGACUAUGAUGGCAGGAUCCUGGACGCGCUGAGGGGACUUCCUGGACCUCAGGGGCCCCCGGGGCCACCAGGAUACCCCGGACCCAAGGGUGAACUUGGGCUGCCCGGCGCCCCGGGAGCGGACGGGGAGAAGGGCCCCCGAGGAGCUAAAGGAGACCCCGGAGAGGCGGGGCCGGCGGGGCCCAAAGGGGACGCGGGAGAGAUGGGGCUGCCAGGCCUCCCGGCCCAGGUCACCAUGGAGCCGGGCCCCCCCGGGCCCCCCGGGCCCCCAGGCCCCGUGGGCCUGCAGGGAGUCCCGGGCCCCAAGGGCCUUGAUGGCGCCAAAGGCGAGAAGGGAGCAUCAGGGGACAGGGGCCCCAGCGGGCCGCCCGGGCCAGCGGGCCCACCGGGCCUCAUCGGGCUGCCGGGAACCAAAGGAGAGAAGGGCAGAGCCGGGGAGCCAGGGCUGGACGGUUUCCCGGGACCCCGCGGGGAGAAGGGAGAGCAGAGCGAUCGGGGAGAGAAGGGUGAACGAGGAGUCCCUGGGCGCAAGGGAGUGAAAGGUCAGAAGGGGGAGCCGGGGCCACCGGGCCUGGACCAGCCCUGCCCUGUGGGCCCCGAUGGGCUGCCGGUGCCCGGAUGCUGGCACAAGUGACCCCCCAGCACCAGGCCAGGUGGCCCUGAAAUUGCCCGCGCAGACCCCCUCUGUGUGAGGAAGGAAAGAAACAGUAAUAUAUUGAGGACUUUGGCCGCUGAGAACUGAGACCCCAGCCAGCAAGCCAGGGGCCACCGCGGAAGGCGACCUGGCCUGCAAGACCCUGCCCCGCCUCGAACCCCAGCCCCAGACGCCCCCACCCCUCUAGCAGAACUGGGCCAGUGCCAGCCGCCGCCCCCUGGCCCCCUCCCCCUGCCAGCCCCCGCCUCCAGCCCACGCUGCACACAGGACAGCCGUGCUAAUGCCGGGAGCUGCAGCCCCCAGGACGGAAGGGGGACCUUGCCAGGCCUGGCUGCUCCCCCCGGUCUGCGUCAGCCCCAGGAGGACUACGAGGGGGCUCGCAGGAUUCCCCGCAAGCUUCAG